CUUCAGUAGCUGGAUUAGUCGCAAACAUGCAGCCUGACAAGAAAUUUCAUCUGUUUGGACUUCUCGUUGUCCAAGUUUUGUUUGCAAGUGCCUCAGUUCCGAACAGUGAAGGUGCCAGUGGCAGUGAUGAGGGACGAUUCUUCUUCCAUGGCAAACCGAUUCUGAUCAUGCCGCCAACGGCUCCCACUCGUCAUCAGCUCAUCAGCGGUAUCGGUAUACCGCUGGGAACACCCGAGUCCAUCACUACCGGAUGGGUUAUAAAGGCCCAGUACUUUCUGCCGACCUCGGUCGACAAUCUGAAACCGAUCUACCUGGAAGGCUGGAACGAUACGCGGAGAUCUUUCGAGAAGCGAGAAGCUGUUACCGAAGCUCCGGAUAACUACGAAGCGUACACGGCUAAGGAUGUUCAGGUCAAGGAAGAGCCUCUUCCGGAGAAGUUGGAUAGCGAGGGGGACGAUGCAGAAGACUAUUUCGAAGAUGGAGGCGACGACUACUGGUUGGAUGCCGAGGAGGAGAAAUCUUACGACACGGUGAAUCAAAUGAUGCCACCGUCCAAUUUGCAGUCCCAGAUGUCCGAGGGAUACGAUGCGGAUGCGUCACGGUGGAUGACGUACAAGUCGCUGGAGUACAUCGGCCAGCAGUACGGUUCGGGAGGUCGAGAAUGUGUUCUGCGGAGUAUUUGCGAAGCGGCUAGUGCGGAGUUCACUCAUACGGGCGGUGUAUUUGCGGAACUGUUGCACAUUGUGUUCACGCCAUCGAGUACUUCGGAGCCGCCGUCGGAGCACAGUGACAACGAGUACUACCGGGCGGAGCAGUUGGGUCGGGAAGGUGCCCCGUGCCAUUUGUUGUUCCAUGAGUGUCAGAAUUCGAUUCUGGAUGUGUUUACCGGUAUCCAUGAUCCGGAGACGAAUGAUUUGAAAGUGGCACAUGAAAAAGUCUUGCGAUCGUUUAUGAAAUAG